CACAUAACAUAAGCAAUGACUAUGAGCAAUUCGGCGGAGAGCUUAAACGAAGACAAGCCAUUGAUUUCGGGAAACAACAAUCAUGUCGUCCGGCGGGUUGUUAAGGUCACGCUCUUAUUCAUGGGAAUAGCAGUUUUAGCCUUUGUUAUUCACAACAACGCCAAUCCUUUUGCCAGCUUUCUGCCUACCUCUUAUUAUUUCCAUCCUCCUCCUGCUCCUCCUCCUUUUUCUGCUGCAUCGGCAUCGUCGUCAUCGUCAGAAGUGGGUGAUCUUAUGUUGGAUGGAGUUCUAAAAAAUGCAUCAAUGAAGGACCGAACUGUUAUAUUGACAACUCUAAAUGACGCAUGGGCAGAACCAAAUUCCGUACUAGAUCUCUUUCUCCAUAGUUUUCGGAUUGGGAACCAAACACAGUGGCUUUUAAAUCACUUGGUAAUAAUAUGCUUGGACGAUAAGGCAUAUGCUCGUUGCUUAGCUUCACAUCCUCAUUGUUAUGAUCUUCGAAGUAGAGGAGACAAUUUUACAAAUGAGGCUUUCUUCAUGACCCCAAACUACUUAAAGAUGAUGUGGACAAGGAUUGAUCUGUUGGCUUCUAUUCUUCAGAUGGGAUACAACUUUGUAUUCACGGAUGCUGAUGUUAUGUGGUUCCGAGAUCCAUUUCAACGAUUUCAUUCAAAUGCGGAUUUCCAAAUUGCUUGUGAUAGAUAUGUAGGGAACCCUGAUGAUGUAAAUAAUCUCCCAAAUGGAGGGUUUACCUAUGUAAUAUCCAACAAUAGGACAAUUCCAUUUUACAAGUUUUGGUACAAAUCGAGAGAAGAUUAUAAAGGCAUGCACGAUCAAGAUGUUUUCAAUAAGAUCAAAAGCCACCCGUUCAUCAAGAAGAUUGGAAUAAGAAUGAAGUUCCUUGAUACUGCCUAUUUUGGUGGGUUUUGUGAGCCUAGUAAAGAUUUGAACUUAGUCUGUACGAUGCAUGCUAAUUGUUGCAUUGGUCAACCCAACAAAGUUCAUGACCUUAAGAUUUUGCUUGAGGAUUGGAUCAAAUUCACUUCAUUGCCCGCAACUACCAGAGCAUCAUCACCAUCCUCAUGGACAGUUCCAGAUUAUUGCAGGACAUCCUUUGGUCACCAUAAAUGACGCAUAUUGGAGGCUCAAGAAGGCAAAGCAACGAUAAUUAAUUGCAGGCAAUACGUUUGUUGUAUAGUUCUCAAAAAAGAAAAAUAGAGGUAAAUUAUUUUAUGUUCUAAUCAUUAAGAAGGUUGCAUUAAUAUUAUGCUGUUGUUCAAAAGCUUUACUUAUUAUUAGAAAUUAGCCUCAAACCCGUGCGAUGCACGGGAAAGCUAUUGAAAUGAUA